GCUGUCUUUUAACUAACGAUCAUCAUCACUCAUGGACGGGCUGCACACUUUUCUAGUGGCUCUCUUAGGAGUUGCAUCCUGCAGUCAUGAAUGGAUCUCUGGAUCAGUGUCAGUCAGACGAGGAGACAACAUCACUCUCUACUGUGAUUGUAAAUUAUCAACUGGAGUACACAUAGUGUGGUACAGGAACUGCUCUGUUGAGAACCACCCUUCCCUUGUCAUUAAAAUAGACGUUAGUUUAUACGGAGGACUACAGAAUCAGGGCCAGGCCACCAAAGAUCCUCUAAAGUUUCCUCCUCGUUUCGAAAUUGUGAGAAACUCUUCUUCUGAUUCCUAUGACCUGCUGAUCAUGAACAUCACUGAUUCCGAUGAGGGACUCUACUACUGUGGAACUGGACAGAGAAGUGUGGAGGUAAACAAAUUAAUUGGACCUGGAACUAUUUACAGAAACGGCAACGUCACAACAAGGAUCUCGAUCAGUCCAGACCCCAGCGAGCCUCCGCCCCAGACUCAGUGCCUCUGUGUUGUGUGUUGGAUGGUGCUGUUCUCCUUGUGUCCAGCUAUUGCUGUUCUCUCCUCUCUGCUCUCCUCUCUUCUAGUUUAUCAUCUCUGUCAGAAAAAAGCUCCACAACCUGAUCAGCAAACACCUCAAAGAAGACAGCAUGGGGAUGAAGAUGUGUGCUAUGCUGCACUGGAAAUCCAACAGACAUCACAGAGACCACAGAAGAAGAAGAUCCAGAGUUCUGACUCCAGCACCUAUUCUGCCAUCAAUACUUCGAGGAUGUAUACUCUACAUCCAGACUCUACAUUGUAGAGUCUAAAAAAAGGGAAAUAACAAUCCCAACUAUUUGACAUCUAACAAUCUGAUCAUUUAGAGUCAAAUAGAUCAUAGAGAGAAGUGUGCUUUAGGUUGGGGCUUGAUGGACUGUGAUUGAUGGACUGCAAAUACAUUUCCAAGCUUUUUUAUAUUACUUUUUCCCCUACUUCAGUACCUGCUCUGAGGAGAACUCUG